AUGGUUGUCGGAUACGGCGACGCUUGUAUAAAAAUAUUCGAUAUGGCGACACAAGAGUUGGACACAACGUACAAAGUGCAGAAGUUGCGCUUGCAAGUUUAUUCCGAAGAAACUGCAACGCCUUCAUACUGGACAGGUCUGCGCGUUACGCUGCGACGAACAGAACCUUUUCACAUAUGGGACAUUAGGUGCAAGAGUGGCUGCGUUACAACGUUUGAAGGAGUCAAUAUUUGCUCUGACAGUAUCGAUUUGAACCGGAAUCAGUGUGUAGUUGGUAGUUGGCAACCGACGGAGGCUUUGACCGUGUGGGACAUAGUCGCAAAGAAGAAAGUAAACACCAUAAGGGUGCAGAAUCGCAGGCCUGAUGUUGACGGCGAGUAUAUUUACGCGUGUCGAUACUGGAAGUCCACGGACUUUAAUCGAAAGGGCAAGUACGCACUGAUAGGAGGCAGCGGUACCAAUUGUUUGGAGGUGAUAAACUUGCACAAUCGAUAUAUAAGCUGCUCGUAUCACACGGCUGGUACCAUUCUUGCUAUCGCCAGUCACCAGGAGCGCAUAGCCUAUGGGGGCACAGCGCCGUUCCUCACCAUCGUCAGCUUCCACGAUCCGAAGCACGAAAGAUACAAGAGCGACAUCGAAGACGACCCUUCGUUGUGGACACCGGGCAAUGACUUCCUAUCCCAUUCAACGACUACUUUAGAUCAAUACGAAAAU